AAAUAGUAAUUAUAAUAGUAAUCAGUGGUUAAUGUAUACAGUAUUUUAGAAAAACACUAAUACAGUAGUCUCACUCUGACUCACUUGUCAAUACAGUUUCAUACGAUUGAUGCCAUUAAUGAGUGAUUGAGUAUUGUUUGUAUUGAGUAUCAAAUUAGUGAAUGUAUUGCUAUUCAUAUUGAAUAUUGAUUACUGUUAUUGUAAAUGACUGCCAGUACUGUCAGUCAAUUCAAUUGAAUUACCAUUUGUAAUCAUAUGUAAAAUAGAGUAUAUCAUAACUUACAUAACUAUAUGUGUCAUAUGAUAUGAUACUACAACUAUAGUAUAGUAUACAAUCAUAUAGUGAUACACAAGUGAUAUAUUGAAUGAAUAGAGUUGACGGUCACUGAAGAGAUUGAUCCGAAAGGAAAGGAGGGAUGAGUUCAUCGAAACGCUUCGAAGACCUCAAAGACGAGUUGAGUUCAGUUGAGGAGAGGAUUAGAGUUCAAGGAAGACAUCAACUAAAUGAGUGGACACUGAACCGGAUGUGCAGUGAAGGCGAUGCCAUAGUGGAGCUCAUGAGACGGGAAGUGGAAUCGACACCAACUGUGGUUCAGAAGGAAAUGCACUGCAAUUGGAGUGAAGUGUCGAAGAGUUGGAAUGCAUUCAAAGGCGAUGUGCGGAACAGGUGUGCGAGCGAUGAGACGUUGACCACCGAUGACAACCUGAGGCGAGGCAUUGGUAUUAUAGAGCGAACUAAUGAUAGCGUAUUGAGGGCUCAAAUGGUUUCCCGAGAGAGUGAGUCCAUCGGACACGAAGUGAUCUCAGAACUGACUGAACAAAGAGAAUCACUUGUGAGGACUCGCGACCGACUCGACGGAACCAAUGAUGACCUCAAGAAGACUAGAGUUUUGUUGAGAUCCAUAAAUAGACGCCUUCUGACCAACAAAUUUUACUAUCGAUUCAUUAAAAAGUAA